ACAUUUGAUGGAAGAAGAACCUAUAGCUAAAARUUUGACUAAUAAUUUGUUCAACAAAUACAUACAUUAUACAAUUGUACCAAGAGGCCCUCCUAGAUUGCGGUCUGCAGGAGUGGAUCGUACUGAUGGAGAUUACGAAGAUGAAUACUCUUGCAAUCCACCAGCAUUGUGUAUGGUUAUUGUUAGUCUGAUCGAAGUACUAUUUUUCACUUGGGAUGUUUUGAAGUUGAAAACAACAGAGUCAAUCCAAGGUCCUAUGGCUUCAAUGUUUAUUUACAAUCCUCAUCAUAGACGUGAAGCUUGGCGGUUUCUGACCUAUAUGUUUGUACAUGUUGGGUAAGUUUUUUUUACUAAU